CGCAGACGGCUUGGCGGCUCAUUUCGGAAUACUAUUUACAGACGCGCUUCGUCUUCUUUUCGACAUCUUGUGUCCUUUUUUUACGGAGUCCUGUUCUUCCCAUUUUUGUCAUCUAUUUGGCGCAGAUUGGUGUCCUGGCCCCAUCCCGGACGGAAUGAAAACAGAGGAGACUCGAUCGUGCCUGCAGCAAGCUCCAUCAGCUUUGGCUUACGGAUUGGAAGGGCGUGAAGUCUGCGCUGGUUGUGACAACCCCAUUGCUGACCGCUUCCUGCUGCGAGUCAACGAACGCUCCUGGCACGAGGGUUGCGUGAAGUGCACGGUGUGUCUGCAAGCCCUCUCUGGCACCUGCUACUGCCGGAACCGACUCCUCUACUGCAAACACGACUACGAGAAGCUUUUCGUGACCAAGUGCAGCAACUGCUUGAAGGUGAUCAACCCGUCCGAGUUCAUCAUGCGCGUUCUCGAGCACGUCUACCACGUGAACUGCUUCUGCUGCUGCGAGUGCGACCGGCGGCUGCAGCGGGGCGACGAGUUUGUGCUCAAGGAGGGUCAGCUGCUGUGCCGGGGCGACUAUGAGAAGGAGAGGGAGAUGCUGUCGGCUAUCAGCCCGACCCCCACCGAAUCAGUUAAGAGUGAGGAUGAAGAGGGUGGCCAUUCCCAAGGCAAAGGUGGAGAGGAUGGGAAGGAGCAUAAGAGGUCUAAAAGGCCGCGCACCAUCCUGACAACGCAACAACGGCGGGCGUUCAAAGCAUCCUUUGAAGUUUCUUCCAAACCUUGCAGGAAGGUUCGAGAAACACUGGCAGCAGAGACAGGCUUGACGGUCCGUGUGGUCCAAGUCUGGUUUCAGAACCAGAGAGCCAAGAUGAAGAAGAUUGCUCGUCGCCAACAGCAACAGCAGCAGCAACAACAGGAGCAGGAACAGAUGGGGGCAUCCAGGCGUGGGCCAAGUAGAGGGGGCAGACAGAGCAACGAGGACAGCGAAGAUGGCUCUAGCAUUCACGGUCUAGAUGGGCUCAUGACUCCGUAUUCUACCAUGCCUCGCCAGCAGUUGUUGACCCUGGAUCAGAAUAUUUACGCCAGCGAUUCCUUUCGGCAAGGCCUCACGCCUCCCCAGAUGCCAGGGGAUCACUUGCACCCCUACGAUUCGGAGUCUGUGUUCCAUGACUUGGACAGCGAUGGCAGCCUGGGACACCUCGGCGACUGCCUGAUAGCAACAGCAGAGACUGGACUACUGCAAGCACGGGUGGGAAACCCCAUCGACCGGCUCUACUCCAUGCAAAGUUCCUACUUCACAUCAUGACAUGCAGAAUGGGGGCCACUCAGGUGUAGGACAGCCCGUGCUGAACAGCGGCCUGAUGGCCUGCACGCACUGGCCCUGCCUAGUAUGGUGUGUUAUGGCAGCACUUUCUCUUUGCUAGACCAGUUCCCACUGACAACCAGCAGACUUCAGAAUUUAUUUUCUCCACUCGCUUUCAUCCAACUGCCUUUUGGACAAGGGGCUGCACCAUAUGAGACAGGGUGAUGGUCACGCUUAUCCAGGGUGGAGUGCCGUUGGCUUUUGUACAUACAGUGUAUUUUUGUUGAGUCCGCCCAUUUUCAAUGUUACUGAACUCUUAAAACACUGCCUCGCCAGUUAAAGGGUUUAAAUGCCACUUGACUGACUUUGGGAUGAGAGACCAUCCAGUUUGCAAAGGAUUCUAGUUUAAUGAAUGGAGUCUGCAAAUUUGAGCUUUGGAACUAGAUAACUGAAGUAAAAAAAAACUUUCUUGUUUUUCCUUAGAAGAAUAAUAGACAGGUAAUCUAGAUAUGUGAUGAUCCAUAUGUGAUCUUUUCUGGCUGUUGCUCCUCGUAUGCCACCUCCUUUUCCUCUUAUUUGAGCUCCAUUUCCCUGGGUUUCCUCUCAGCAUGUUAGAUCAAUCUGUCUUGCUCUUUGAACUCUAAUCUUGUCACCUUGGUCUUCCUGUCCAAAUCCUAAUCCCCAGUCACCUCCACCAUACGCCAUACCAUGACUCUUGAAUGUAACUGUUAUGGAUUAAGAGUCCCAAAGCACUAAAGUUCCAAAGCACACUCCCAAAAAUGCUCCCUAGAGGGGGAAAUCCCAUCAAAAACCCUGGCUAAAUAUAAAAAGGGCCAUGUAGAAUUUUUAUAAAAAUGCAAGAUUUAUUAUCAUAAAAAUGCGCUGUAAGUACUGUUUGGGCGGAGUGGUGGCUCUGAGGCUAAGGAUCUGCGCUGGUAUCCCGAAGGUUGCCGGUUCAAAUCCCCAUCACUGCCAGAAGAGAUGCUGGGCCCUUGAUGCCAGGGGCAUUGUACAAUGGCUGACCCUGCACUCUGACCUCAAGGGGUAUGCAAAAACUAACCAAUUCCUCAUAUGAGAAAUUGUAUAAGGAGAAAUAAAGAAUAAAAAAAAAAGUAUGUAAGGCAAAAAGGAGAUGCCAGCAAGACCAAUCCAAGGCAAACAAGUCCCAAUACUCAAUCCAAUGGCAAAUCAAAAAAACAGAACAAAAUGGUCCAAAACUCCAAAGCAUAGUAAAAACAAAAGUAAGACCCUACAAUUUUAUAAAGAAGAGGGCAGUUCCCGCAAGUGACUGGCAGGUGGCCCGACCUCUUGGGGAACCACCCACAAAACACAUGGUACAUGACACUGGCAAAGCAAAUCCACCAGAAAAAUAUCAAAGGUAACGCUGAUAUAAAAAAAAAUGGUUUAACAAAAAAAAAACGAAAAAGGAUGUAAAACAUGGAUUUGAACCCCAGCCUGGGGAGGAAGCCUGACUGGAACAUAACAGUAACAACCAUUUGUAUCUCCAGAUAAAAACUGUGUCCCCCCAGUCUAUGUACCUGGCCAUACAGUCAACUCGUGUUUCCCAGACUUCAUUCAAAUAUAAAGCACACGUUAAUAACAGAAAUACAUUUGGUCCACGCACGGUCAACUCAAGUCACAGAGAGGCCAUUGAGCCUGUUAAUAGGGAUGUCCAUGCCUGGUCUACUCAUUCCAGGUCCUAGAUGUUACCCCACCAGCUCAGGCUCCAUUUAUGACAUUAAUGUGUCACGUAGCCUUGUCCAGCUCGGGUCACCUUAGAUUAAAAUAAAACUGGUGACUCUAAGGCCAUGUCACAUUACAUGACUUUUCCAGUGAAAUUCAGUUGUAGCCUUCAUUUACAUAAUCCUAGCAAGUCAAAAUAAUUACAUAAUUUGGCCUUCAUUUACAUAAUCCUAGCGAGUCAGAGACAAUUGUCGACAUGCACCCAUGAAGCUAGUUGUGCAUUGUGACAUGCCCAGCUACUCAGUCCAACUGGUCAACAAAUCACCUCGAUAAAACCAAACCGAUUUGAUUUGUCGCAGAGUGGUUUUGAGUACAUGAGAGCUGACAACUAAUGAGCGUCCACCUGAAAGUGCAGUGUAUAGAAUGCAGUAAUGACGAAUAUGGAACAUGGGACCUUAAUGAAUAAGAAACAUAUAUGGCUGAUGUCUCAUGUUUUAUGUACCACGACGUAAUGGAAAAAAGAAAAAAGGGCAGAGACUGGGGCUGAACUCACUGCACCUGUUAACCCUUCAUACAACACUGGCUUCAUCAGGCAGCGCGCUAUUGGCCGUCACAAAAAGGGGUGAGGCUGACUGUGCUGGAAGGCGGGAAGCUCAGUCACUAAAUUUGAACACGGCCAGUGAUUUUCAGUCGCUUAAAUUGACGUGGCCCAUCGAUGUGAACAGUCGACAAGGACCACAGUCUGGGUGUGUGUGUUUGGGGGGUUAUGGAGAACUCCAGAUAAGAGGAGGGUGUACUGAAAAAAAAAAUUGUGUGGAAACAGCCUGUACAGUAUUUAUGACUUUUCCUUCAUGUCAUCUGUUAAAAGGUUACCUAAAUCUUUCUUUUUAAAAAAGAAAAAUGCAGAACCUUUGACAUUAGUUUGUCUUGGUCUUAACUCAUUGUCUUUUUUAACUGUAAAAAAAAAAAUAAUGAAAAUGGUGAAACUUUUGUAUUCUUAGUGUGUGUUGAAAAUACUGAGUAUUUAACUAUUUAUGUCGACAUGAUGUAUGUUCUGUAGAUUUUCUGCUUGACAUUUCAAAUAGAUGGUUUAACACAA